AUGGUUUCUUCUUAUCGUCAUCUACUUUUCACUUUAUUCAUUUUGAUCACAUCACAGACAUUAGAGACAACAACAAAUAUUUGGCAAUCAUUUUUUGAUGUUUCUAACCUUGGUCUGGAGUUUUCUCCUGCUGAUGAACAAGCUCUUCUUCUGUUAGAUACUACUGCCAGGUCACUUUUGAACUGUGCUCAAAUGUGUCAAAUGAUUGCACGAUGUCGUACAUUUAAUUAUGAUAUUCAAAUGAAACAUUGUCGUCUUUAUCAAGGUGAUAUCGAUAGCACAGGUGAAGUUGUUCCAUCUGUUUCUUCUGAAUCAGUUUGUGGAUCAAUAAAGCUCAUUAUGGAGAAUUUCGCUGAUUAUGGUGGUCCUUGUUCGAUUUGUGAUGGUAGUCGAUAUUUAACAUGUAUAAAUUUCACUUGUCAAUGCCAACCUAAUACAUUUUUCAAUGGAUCAAUGUGUCGCAGUCAAAAAUUAAUUGGAGGUGGAUGUACAAGUGAUAAUCAAUGUCGCCAUGAUCUCAAUCUGAAAUGUUUACUAAACAAUCAAUGUGGAUACAAUCUCACUAUGAAUUACACGAUUACUACUACUCUCACUACGUGGACUGGUAGCAAUAGUUCUACUAGCAGUUCAUCCACAACAAGCACAACUGGUAGCAGUUCAUCAACAACAAGCACAACUACUGGCACUUCAUCAACAACAAGCACAACCACUAGCAGUUCAUCAACUACAAGUGAAACUACUAGCAGUUCAUCAACAACAAGUACGACCACUAGUACGUCAUCAACUACAAGCACAACUACUAGUAGUUCAUCCACAACAAGUACGACUACUAGCAGUUCAACUACUACAAGCACAACUACCAGUACUACAUCAACAACAAGCACAACUACCAGUACUACAUCAACAACAACAACAACAAGAUUACCUUGUAAUUCUUCAUGUACUAACCAAACAUGGUACUCAUUAUCUAAUCGAUUAGCUCGAUGGCCAUUCGAUGGAAGUUUUCUUGAUCAAAUGAAUAAUUAUAAUGCAACACUGACUAAUAAUAUUAUGUCAUUUAUUACAAGUGGUUAUAUCAAUCAAGCACUUAUAUUCAAUACCAGUAGCAAUCCACCGCUUACUACUUCUUACAUUCCUCUACAAUCUUCUAGCUUUACAAUUGAUACCUGGCUUUAUAUCACUACCCUAGCUUCGAGUGUGACCUACUAUCCUAUAUUUGGCAUAUGUCCUCAAUUCGCUUCUUACCAGUGUUUAAUGUGCAUUAUACAUCAAUCUAAUUCUGCCUUUUAUUUAUAUCUAGGUUUUUAUAACCAUGAUUGUAUAGGUAUUACACCAUUAACAGUGAAUACAUGGAUACAUGCAGCAUUUGUGUUUGAUUUAACAGCACUAACACAAAACGUUUAUUUAAAUGGAGUAUUAGACAGCACUUGUAUUGUAUCAUCUGGAUACACUGGAGGAAUAUAUAAUACCACCAUUGGAGAUAUUCCAUUAUUUACGACCGCUGGUGGUGCUUCCCCUUUUCAGGGUUAUAUGGAUCAAAUGACAGUUUCAAAUCGAGCCAAAUCAUCAUGUGAGAUAUUAGAAAUAGCAACAUUAGUCGCUUAUUUUACUUUCGAUAAUGGACUAUUUCUUAAUGAUUCGGGUCCAAACUCUCUCCAAGCUACAACAAACUCAACAUCAUCUACUGCAUCUGGUCGAUUUUCUCAAGCAAUCUCAUUUACUGGUUCAAAUUCUUCUUAUUUUCAAAUGAGUGAUUUUACUGCACUGGGAAUAUCCAACAGACCAUUCUCUAUUUCUCUCUGGGUUCGACCGAUCUCUCUUCGCGGCAUUAUCGUUCUUAUCUCAUCCACAUCAGCAGGAUAUGGAUAUUGCUCACCACAUUUUGGUUUUUCUAUUAAUGGUACAGUUAUGGCACAAAUAUAUAAUGGAACUGGCUUCGUCGCAGUUACUGAUUCUACACAUUCUGUUGCAACAUCAGUCUGGUCACAUCUUGUUCAAACAUGGAGUUCAACAAAUGGUAUUCGUCUCUAUAUCAACAACGUUCUUGUUGCAUCAAAUCUUAUCUCAGCUGGAUCAUAUUCAGGCAGUGGAUCGCCUCAUUAUAUUACUUUAGCUAAUAGUUUAAGUGCUCCGUCAUCAUGCUUUGGGAACCAGGUGACUGCAAUGCCAUUUCAUGGAGAUAUUGAUGAUUUUCGUGUUUAUAGUCGAGAAUUAUCUACCAAUGACGUUUGCACACUAUACAGUAACUGA